CCUUCUUUCUUCCUCUCGCUCUCUCUCUAUCUACCUCCGUCUCGCCCUCUCUCCUCCAUCCAGCUCUAUUGAUCGCCUCCCCAUCUCUGGUGUUCCUCUCUCCACACAGUGCAGCUAGCGAUCGGCUGUGUGGAUCUUCAUCCAGCGGGGAGCAGAGCGGCCGGCCGGGCAGGGUAAGGGGCAGCGGCCGGCUCCUGGAUGGGGAACGUCCCCGCUACGGUGAAGCACUGUCUGAGCUACCAGCAGCUCCUCCACGAUCACCCCUGGCUGCCGCGCUGGCUGCUGGACCAGGUCUGUGUGUGUGUUCAAGAGUUUCCAGAGUUUGUGAAAAUUGUCGAAGUGGGUCCCAGAGACGGCCUUCAAAAUGAGAAGGAAAUCGUUCCGACAGGAGUCAAAAUCCAGCUGAUAGACAAGCUGUCUCAAACAGGCCUGACCGCGAUUGAGGCCACCAGCUUUGUGUCUUCAAAGUGGGUGCCCCAGAUGGCGGACCACAGCGAGGUCCUUCGAGGGAUCCACAGAGCUCGUCACGUUCGGUAUCCGGUGCUGACGCCAAACAUGCGAGGUUUCCAGGACGCCGUUGCAGCAGGGGCGACGGAGGUGGCCGUGUUUGGUUCGGCCUCGGAGACCUUCAGCAGGAGGAACAUCAACUGUUCCAUCGAGGAGAGCAUGCAGAGGUUUGAAGAAGUCCUCAGCGCUGCCAAGCAGAAGCAGAUCCCCGUGCGAGGAUACGUGUCCUGUGCCCUGGGGUGUCCAUACGAGGGAAGCGUGGAGCCCUCUAAAGUCACUGAGGUGGCCAGGAGGCUGUAUGAGCUUGGUUGCUAUGAGGUAUCCCUGGGAGACACCAUCGGCGUGGGAACCCCUGGCUCCAUGAGGACGAUGUUGACGAGUGUUCUCCGGGAGGUGCCCAGCUCCGCCCUGGCCGUCCACUGCCAUGACACCUACGGUCAAGCCCUAGCUAACAUCCUCACAGCGCUGCAGAUGGGGGUGUGUGUGGUGGACUCAUCGGUGGCAGGGCUGGGAGGCUGCCCCUACGCCCUGGGAGCCUCUGGAAACGUGCCAACGGAAGAUGUCCUGUACAUGCUGCAAGGCAUGGGGAUAGAGACCGGCGUGGAUCUGUCCAAGGUGAUCGAGGCUGGGGACUUCAUCUGCCAGGCACUGGGGCGCCCAACGCACUCCAAGGUAGCCCAGGCAAGAGCCAAUCAGGUGUCUCGAUGACAUCACAUGACCACGCGGCAGGAGAGGAGAGUAGAAGCCCUUUCCCUUUAGCGCGUACAGUGUAUCCCUGGUUAUGCUGCAUACAUGUAAAGAUUACUGUCUGUGUUACAUAUAUAUAUGUAGGUUAUUUUCUAUGCUUCUUAGAUUUAUAAGUUCAUGUCUAUGUUACAUAUAUAAAUAGGUUACUUUUUAUGUUACAUACAUGUAGAGGUUAUUGUCUCUAUUACAUAGAUCUAUAGGUUACUGUCUGUCACGGUGAUCUAUAGGAUACUGUCUGUGUUAUGUAGAUCUAUAGGUUACUGUCUGUGUUACAUACAUGUAGAAGUUAUUGUCUAUGUUACAUAGAUCUAUAGAUGAUUGUGUUGUGUACGGCAUAUGAAGUGCAAUCCCUCUGUUUCUUUAGGCAGAAAGCCUAAGAUACUCAGAAACAGCAUUUGAACAGAACUGGAGAGAACAGUUUAAAUUAAGCAAUAAGCCCCAAGAGGCCGUGGUUUACGCUGAUUUUAGAACAGGUAAGGGGAGUAGUUAGGCACGACGCGAAGCGGAAAGAAUGUUAUGAGGACAACCUGUGAGGUUAUGCUGGAUUUUACAACGGCAUGGAACGCGAUAUAGCCAAUCACAAUCAAGGAUGGGAACAACCAGUUUUAGAAAGUGGAUUAAACCCCAACAACCUUAACUUAAUCUCAUCCAUCAGGUCCUUACGAUAGAUUCAUAAGCAGUUGUGACCUUGGAUGACCAACACCUGAGUUACUAAACUUGGUCUCUAGGGGCACUUACACGUUUCUGAUUUAGAGAAGCGUAUAAACCUUCACUUCCUCUUGUCCAGAUCAGUUAACUUCCCCUGCCAGGUCCUAGCUCGUUGCCAUAGAGCCAUAUCCUUCGUUUUGUUGAGUUUGUUAAACUGGCAAUUAAAUGGAUGUUAAUCCCUUUCAGGCGUGUGUCAGUGGGCCCCCAAGUGAAGGAGAAGGAGACACAGAGACUGGGAUCAACAGAGAGGGGGAGAGGUGGGGU